AUGGAUGUGAUGAACUCUCUCCAAAUAAGAAGCGGCACAGGUGCUUAUGAUGAUGAUGGACAUGUCAAAAGAAAAGGAACCGUAAGUAGUGCUGUGGCUCAUAUCAUCACGGCGGUGAUCGGCUCCGGCGUUCUGUCUCUUGCUUGGAGCACUUCACAGCUAGGAUGGAUUGCAGGGCCAAUUACCUUGCUCUGUCUUGCAAUUAUAACCUAUGUUUCUUCAUGUCUCUUAUCUGAUUGUUACAGAACUCCAGAUCCUAUAACUGGGAAAAGAAACUACUCUUACAUGGAUGCUGUUAGAGCCAAUCUUGGUAAUAAAAGUACUUGGUUUGCUGGUUUCCUUCAAUUUUUGGCCUUAUAUGGGACUUGUAUAGCAUAUGUAAUAACCACAGCGACUAGUCUAAGGGCAAUUCUGAAAUCAAAUUGUUAUCAUAAGGAAGGACAUAAGGCUUCUUGUGAGUAUGGAGAUAGUUUGUAUAUGGUGAUGUUUGGGUUGGUCCAGAUUGUGAUGUCGUUCAUACCAGAUCUUCAUAACAUGGCAUGGGUUUCAGUUGUUGCUGCAAUUAUGUCCUUCACUUAUUCAUUCAUAGGACUUGGACUUGGCAUCGCCACAGUUAUAAAAAAUGGAAGAAUUAUGGGUAGCAUAACAGGGGUAGCAACUAAUAACGUUGCAGACAAAAUAUGGCUAGUGUUUCAAGCACUUGGCGACAUCGCAUUCUCUUAUCCCUACUCUAUUCUCCUCCUUGAGAUUCAGGACACACUGAAGUCUUCUCCACCGGAAAACCAAACCAUGAAGAAGGCGUCCAUGAUUGCAAUCUUGAUCACAACAUUCUUCUAUCUCUGUUGCGGAUGCUUCGGAUACGCCGCCUUUGGAAACUCUACGCCGGGAAACCUGCUCACUGGGUUUGGCUUCUAUGAUCCUUUCUGGCUUGUUGACAUUGCUAAUGUUUGCAUUAUUGUUCAUUUGGUUGGAGGGUAUCAGAUUUAUUGUCAGCCAAUAUAUAAUGUAGCUGAUAGAUGGAGAUCAAGAAAGUUCCCCAACAAUGGUUUUGUGAACAAUUUCUACAAAGUGAAACUACCCCUUUUGCCCACUUUUAACUUCAAUCUUUUCAGGUUCUGUUUCAGAACAAUUUUUGUGAUUUCAACCACAGGAGUUGCAAUUCUUUUCCCUUACUUCAACCAAGUUCUUGGAGUUUUAGGAGCCAUAAACUUUUGGCCAUUGGCCAUUCUUUUUCCAGUGGAGAUGUACUUAGUUCAGAAAAAAAUUGAAGCAUGGAGUAGCAAAUGGAUUGUUCUUAGGAUAUUUAGCUUUGGUUGCUUUCUUGUGACCUUAAUGGGGUUUGUGGGCUCACUUGAAGGAAUCAUAAGACAGAAAAUUCAUUGA